AUGACCAGCAGUGAAUUUCCCGCCUCGUGUUUUGUGCUCACGGAUAAUAACACGGUGCUCGUCGCGGACCUAGCUUUCCGUGAAUUCGCGGGUUAUCUGAAAGCCUCUUACCAAAGAAAGAAGAAACUGCAGGUGGAGGGCAAAGGAAUUAAAUACAAACUGGGUGACUUUGGACUUAAUUUUGUCACACUAUUUAUGGGACAAAGUGCUGCUGUCAAAGGUUAUCUCAUCGAGGUGAGAUCCUGCUGCCAUUGUGACCUUAUUCUUUCAAUCAUUUUUGCGUUGUAA